AUGUAUGCAAAGGCCACACUUGUGAUCCUCCUUACUGCUUCAGCUUCACUCGAGGACGCGCGACGCUGGUAUGACCGCGGCCGCGAGGCCAUGGCGAAGUGUCAUCCACAACGCGGCGCGGGCGACGCGCGGGAAAACUGCGCGCCGCUCCUCGUCGACGACGUGCUGACGCCCGAUGAGGCCGACGCGCUCGUCGCCGCGGCGGACGCGUCCGGCGGGUAUCGACGCCCGAACCCCGCGCAUCGCACGGAAGAAUUGCCGGCGUUCCUGACAGAGAAGACGGAGCUCGUCGCGAAAGCGCAGCGAGCGGUCAUCGCGGCGCUCCAGGAGCACUGCGGCGCGGGCGAGCUCAUCGAGGUCGCGACGCUCGUGAAAAAAUAUGACGCGUCGGCGCCGGGCUCGGCGUUCGGCGCCGGGCUGCCGCAGCAUAAAGACCACGGCCGCUUCUCCGCGACGGUGCUCAUCGGCGACGGUUUCUUCGGCGGCGGCGGCACGCGCUUCGAGGACUUCGACAAUGUGACGCUGUUUCCCGCGAAGGGCGCUGCCGUCAUCCAUGGCGCGAUGGUGCGACACGGCUCCGACCCGGCCCAAAAAGGAGUACGAGUCAUACUCGCGCUGUUCUUCGACGAGGACCACUGCAACGUGGCUGCGGAGUUCCAGCUCUCGCUGCUCGUCGGCGUCGUCUCGGUUCUCGCCGCGUUCGCCCUCGGCUACUUCCUGCUCUUUAUGGAUUUCGAGGAGACCACCGCGAGGCGAGAGGCGCCCGUCGAGGCGGCCAGCGCGCGCGACACGAUGUCGUACUACGGCCGGCGCCUCGUCGAGUUCGGCCUCCUGGGCGAGCACUUCGACGAGCGCACCGAGACGUGGACGAUCGACACGGACGGCGACCUCAUCCGCAAGCUGCGCAUCUUGUGGGGCGCGACGGCGCCGUCGGACGCGCCGUGUCCUUUCGACGCCGCCACGGUCGUCGUCUACGCCUACAUCGCCGUCAUGACGAACGAGGCCGCCAGGGCCAAGCUGCUCGCAGAGUACUGCGGCGACGGUCGUCCCGGUAUCGUGAUCGGCGGCCUUUUGGACGUGUUCUUAAAUCCGGGGGGCGGCCGCGUCGCGGCCGUGAGCGACGUCCUCACGACCAUGGCCACGGCCGUCGCUGCGAAGAAGUCUCCCACAUGCCCUAUAGCCUAA